GAACAACAAGAAGCUCAGCCACCGACGCACCUCUCUUUGAGAAACCGUUAAGAAGCUUGGAUAUUUCUCCUUCUUUUCUUGUUCUAGGAUUGAAAUUGAACCCAGAAUUCUCCCCCCCUCUGCAGAAUUUUUGGAUCUGCUCUGUCCUUCCGUCGGCUGCUCCUACUUUGUGGGGGCGAAUUGCUCGGGUUUCUAGUAAGAAGCAGCCUGAAAUUCCUCUGUUCUCACUUGAUUUGGCUUGAGUUCACUCUAAGCUCUUUUAAUUUCCUUCAAUUUUGGGUUAAUUCCGUGAGUCCCCUGCAGAAUUGCCGCCGGCUCUUCCCCAAUUUGCAGCUUCGGUUUUGCUGGGAAAAUUCUGGUAUGUUGAUAGCCCCUCCAAGCUCGAAAUUUCAUCAAUUAAUUGCUGCCCCAUUUGCCGUCACUGUUCACGGCGUGAUCACUGUUCACGGUAAUGUUCACGCACUAAUGGCCAACAAUGAAUGGGGAUUAAAUGUUUAGUUUGUAAUAUAAGAACAAAUUUGGAGAUGUCCGAUUAUAUGGAGACUAAUAGAAAUAGCAUCUGAUUAGGGGGUGAUCCUAAUGAUGUUUUUACUUUGAAUUUGUGGUAGUGCGGUAUUAAUUCUGGGGUAUUUUGAUUAGGUUCUUGAGUGUUCUGUCACCCGAGCACUUGGUUUGAGUUUCCUGUAUUACGGAUUUGAGGAAGCAAAGUCAAAGACAAGAAAAAACGAGGGGAGUGACGAGUUAGAAGGCUAGCCACCUGUAAUUUGAUAUAGAUUUUAGAUAUAUAUCAUGAUCUUGUAAACUAGAUUUUAAUUAGAGAUUUUAUAAAUUCGUUUAAUGGAU